CCCAGCAGCAGCGGGAGGGGGCACAGGCGGGAGGGCCUACGCUGGCACAGGGACAGACUCAGACAAGACGGAGGGCACAGCGUGUCCAGGGAGGGGAGGAGGGACCGCAGGGAGGGGGGGAGGGACAGCAGGGAGGGGGGGAGGGACAGCAGGGAAGGGGGAGGGACAGCAGGGAUGGGGGGAGGGACAGCAGGGAGGGGGGGAGGGACAGCCGGGGGGGGGGGGGGGGACAGCAGGGAGGGGGGGAGGGACACAAGAGAGAGGGGGGAGGGACAGCAGGGAGGGGGGAGGGACAGCCGGGGGGGGGGGGGGGACAGCAGGGAGGGGGGGAGGGGCAGCAGGGUGGGGGGGAGGGACACGAGGGAGGGGGGCAGCACCAGGACAGCAGGGAGGGCAACGGCAGAGGCAGCAGCAGCAGCAGCAUCAGCAGCGGCAGCAACAACAGCAGCAGCAGCAGCAGCGGCAGCAACAGCAGCAACAGAAGCACGGUGCAGUGGCAGCUCGGGCAGCAGCUGGAGCGGCAGGGAUAGGAGAGCCGCCGCCGGCGGCGGCAGCAGCG